AUGAAUUUUUACCUGGUUUUCCUGUUGUACGGAUAUAUUUUCGGUUUUGCCUGCGGGAUGCUAUAUCGGCGAGAUUCUGAUAAUGUUUUGAAGCCCGAUCUCCUACCAGUGUCUUCAACAGUGAUGCCUCUACCGUUUUACUCUGUUUACGUAUUCGAGAAAAACUUACUACGCGACAAAAAUAAAAAACGACCAGAAGGAAAAAUUUCACUAGUAACAAAACUCCAGCAAUAA